AUGUCAGUGAUAGGCAUUUCACCUAGCGACAUCGUAGGAGGUGUGCGAGUUGCAAACAAGGCCGUCGACGCACUCAGAACCAGGAAUGGGGCGCAAGUUCAGUAUCAGGCAAUCAAACAAAGCCACGAUGAUCUCCACGCUGCGGCCAAAGCACUCUUCGAAGCCUGCUCGUCGUUCGACGUACCAAGCUCUACCGAGUUGGCCCAAUCCCUCAAGCAUCUCCUGGAGAAACAUGAGCAGCAGGAGAAACAUACACUGAAGUAUGAAGCGGCCCUAGGUGAGGGGUCGUCUCCGCAGAAAAGAAAGGGCAUACGACGGAAAUUGCAGUGGGCUUUUCAGGAAGACAAGGAGCUACGAGACUCCGAUGCGAGGAGCAGACUUGCUGUAGAUGCUGCAAUUCUGCAGACUCUCCAGGUACAGAACGACAUCGAAGAAAGAGAUCAUGCUGCAAUCAAAAGUCAUGUCUUAACUACCACAGAGACCGCUGUCACCAGAAUGCAAACAAAUAUCGGAAGUCUAGCUGAUCAUGCUAGCAAUCUGGCCGAUGAGAUACUGACAGAAAAUAAGAGACAGACGCAGGGACUGAUGGCUAUUCUACGCUCCAUGAGCCAAGCUCAGGAGCGGAACAUCGCGAAAGCGCUGCACGAUACGAUGACAUAUCCAAUAACCUCCACAGCGGGACCGAAAAGACAGCUUCAGUAUCAUAGGUGCAGAAAGCGAGUCCGCAAGAACCAGUCAUGGAGCAAGCAGAAACGGUCUGCCCCUUCUCAUUCUCUGCUACCUGGCUCUUUUCCCGUCGAUGAUUUGUGUUCCGGAGUCUCAUGCACUUCGAUAGCGAGCACCUCAGUGUCCCAUCCCAGGAUUGAUACGUGUUGCUCCAUGGCGGACGCCAGCCGUGCAUUCUGGGCAUUGCUACUAACAGUGCUCUAUGCCAAUCCGCAAUCACGAAAGCUAGCUGGUCGAUUGUGGAUGCGCGUACAAGCUGACCCGGUCCUUGCCUUACUUUGUCUGAUGUGUGUUGUGUUAGUUCAGCGAAGUCUGCUUCAUGUCCCAAAGCAUAUCUCGCUGUUGUCUGACAACAGCAUUACAUUUGAGGAUGUUUUCGGCAUCGAAAUCCGUGUGCCGUACCGACAGUGCGAGCAAUUCGAGUUCUUUCACGGCUUUCUUGAAUAUCACUUUCGACAGAGACCUGGUCUCCAGCGGGUCAUGCAGAAGCGAUAUCGACUGCUUUUAGGCAAUGCUCGCGGCCAGCUAGUUGAGCGCUCGACCUGGACUCAGAUGGUCAGACCGAAAACACGCCUGACUAUGGCUAUGCUGCUGCUCUCCGCCCAGAGCCAAUGUGCGAAAUGCCUUGGAGAGCUUGAGCCUUGUAGCAAAGGCCAGAUCCGCAUCUGCUUUGCUUGCAAUCAGGAGUAUAGUGUCGAAAGCCCGACAGCCCACAACCAGAGAUCUAUUUCACCGAGAGCAAUCGACUACCAGAUCAGUGAAACGGAGCAGCUGGAUUUACCUCUCCGCGAUCCCGCCGAAUCUCACGAAGUAGAGAUCGCUGCUUCACCGCUGGAGCCGGCAAGUAACAUGACGUCGCAGAGCAACUCAGGCCAGGCAGUUAAGGCCCCGACUCAGGAGGUCAUUGCCAGCAACAAACCUCAUACGAGGAAUGUUGAAACCGCAACUGAAACACCACUAAAAUCGAGCCCUACGGCGAAACAGAAGCCUGACUCGAUACUCAAGCUGGAGUUGAAGCUGUUCAAAAAUAUGACUAUUCGCAUUGUUCCGCAAGUUACUCCUCUCAGACCUAUGUUGCCACGAGACAGAAAAAUAGACGAUGAUCAUCUCUCGACAAUUGCAAAUGCCAGCGAAGCUUCGUCGGAAGAGUGGUCCGAACGACUACCACCAGAAGAAGACACAGAUUUCCCAUCUACAACUGGCCAGCCGGGUCUGAGGGAAGAAGAUGAAGCCGAACAACAGCCACUUACCGCGCGUGAUGACAUCUCCAUCGCCGGCGAACCAACUCGCCAUGUCGAUUACCUCAGCCAUGACUGGGACGAAAGAGAAUUAGUACUUUCCUGGCGAUAUGUCACGAAAAGACGGCAGCUAAUGGCAACUUCGUGGAGACUCGAGAAUGCUGCAUGGCGCUUCUGGGCGCAGAAACGAGAUGCCUUGAAGACCGUGAGCCCUGAAUCUUUGAACUGGUUGAAAUGUUGCGACAUCACAUGGCUUUAUGGCCCAUUGCAAACAGAAUCUCGCAGUGCUGAAGAGGGUAGCACCAGGGCAUCUCCAGUCUCGUUAGGCUCUUUGCCAUCAGCUCAUAAGAACUCUAUCUUGAAAUGGAAGUCCUCCUCGGCCGCAAUCUUGGAAAGGUCGCAAUCACAACGUUCGCUCUUGCAACAGGCCGCGCUUCUUAAGGCGAAGGAGGAGACUUCGGUCUUCGAACAGCGAAGGGCAUCAAUGUCCGAUCCAGCAUCCAGCUAUAGCAGCCACGGACGCACACCUCCUCAAUCGUUUCAACGAUAUACCUUUGGAAGUUAUCAUCCGUCGGCUCCACUUGAGAUUAAGCAUGUCUCUUUCAAUGAGGAAGUCGAGCAAGUUCAACCUGUUGAAGUUGAAGAUGGAGAGCAAGAAUUGACCCGGACCGAGCACAGAUUCGACGGUGACGAAGAUGACGAGGUUGACUGAUGAUGAGCCACGCAAACGACUCGGCUUCAAUGCAGAGAACAAUUUCGAAUUUGACGGGCACUCUAAAACCCCGGUCUUCAUGCAAGUUCCUCCUUGAUAACGAGGUUGAAGACUUCGUGGAUGAACCUGGCGGGCACUCAGGUCUUUUGACUUACUAUACAAGGAAAUAGACGCCGAGCUCCCACAAAGGAGACGAAUUGAGUCUAGCAUGUCCAUGCCAUACGAUGAGAAUCAAGAAGGACCCAGUCACCAAUCACCAAUAACACAAUUCUGGGCUGAGUGAGCGGUCUUGUCAAUAGUACUGCCAAGAGGGAACAUGGAGAGCAGAGAGCAUUGGUUGUCAGGGCGAAGGUGCUAUCCCUAUCAUUCAUAGCCCGUCUCGCUUGGAAACACGUCCUUCCCAUCGUCAAUGAUUUUCAAGUCUUUACCAAUACUGAAAACGAUGUUGUCAAUGUCGAUGAACUUCAAC